CAAUGUCAGCUGUGGGACAGCAACAAGAACAGUUGUCCCAAUCAGAUCUUUCCCCAUCAUCAAAUUCAUCUAGUUCCUUUGAGAUAAUAGACAUGGAUGCUGCCAGUUUGUAUGAGCCGGUAUCUCCUCACUGGUUUUACUGCAAGAUAAUAGACUCUAAAGAGACAUGGAUUCCUUUCAACACUGAAGAUUCGCAGCAGCUGGAAGAAGCCUAUGGUUCUGAUGAUUGUAACGGAAGGGUUGUUCCCACUGAUGGGGGCCGAUAUGAUGUACAUUUGGGAGAGAGGAUGCGGUAUGCUGUGUACUGGGAUGAGCUAGCAUCAGAAGUGAGACGCUGUACCUGGUUUUACAAAGGAGACAAAGACAAUAAAUAUGUUCCCUAUUCAGAGACCUUCAGUCAGCAAUUAGAGGAAACCUACAUGCUUGCUGUAACUCUUGAUGAAUGGAAAAAGAAACUUGAAUCCCCAAACAGAGAAAUCAUUAUAUUACACAAUCCAAAGCUGAUGGUCCAUUACCACCCAGUGGCAGGAUCUGAUGAAUGGGGAUCUAUACCUACUGAGCAAGGACGCCCCAGAACUGUGAAGAGAGGAGUUGAGAACAUCUCCGUUGAUAUUCCUUGUGGAGAACCCUUACAAAUAGAUCAUCUGGUUUUUGUGGUUCAUGGUAUUGGACCAGCUUGUGACCUUCGAUUCAGAAGCAUUGUACAGUGUGUUAAUGAUUUCCGUGGCGUUUCCUUAAACCUGCUACAGACACACUUUAAGAAAGCUCAAGAACAGCAACAGAUUGGCCGGGUAGAGUUUCUUCCUGUCAACUGGCAUAGCCCUUUGCAUUCUACUGGUGUGGAUGUAGAUCUGAGGAGAAUUACUCUGCCCAGCAUCAACCGCCUUCGGCAUUUCACCAAUGACACAAUUCUGGAUGUCUUCUUUUACAAUAGCCCCACCUACUGUCAGACUAUCGUGGACACAGUUGCCUCUGAAAUGAACCGAAUAUAUAAACUCUUUCUGCAGAGGAACCCGAAUUUCAAAGGGGGCGUAUCCAUAGCUGGUCAUAGUUUAGGAUCACUUAUAUUGUUUGAUCUCCUAACAAAUCAGAAAGAUCCUUUGGAGGAUAAUGACAGUGAAAAGGUUACUCCAGGGGUUGUCCUGGAUCAGGGCGAUAUACUAGACCUAGAAGAGGAUUUGAAGAAACUUCAGCUCUCUGAAUUCUGCAAUAUUUUUAAGAAGGAGAAAAUAGAUAAAGCAGCUCUGGCUUUGUGUACAGACAGAGAUCUUCAGGAAAUGGGAAUUCCUUUGGGACCAAGAAAGAAGAUACUACACUAUUUUAAGAAUGGGGAAAACACACCGGGUAUUAACAAACAGAAUCAGCAGUCGGCUUUGGGAGGGAAUUUACCUGUACUUUCAGAAAAAUUCAAGGAUUGUAGUAGUACUGAUGGUGCUGGAAAUGAUGAGUAUUUGGAUAUUAGCAUUGGACAGGCUUCUGUGAAAUACCCUAGGCUAAUUUAUAAACCAGACAUUUUUUUUGCCUUUGGGUCUCCUAUUGGAAUGUUCCUUACUGUCCGAGGCCUGAAAAGAAUCGAUCCCAGCUACAAACUUCCAACAUGCAAAGGUUUCUUCAAUAUUUAUCACCCUUUUGACCCUGUGGCAUAUAGGAUUGAGCCAAUGGUGGUUCCAGGAGUGGAAUUUGAGCCUAUGCUGAUCCCUCAUCAUAAAGGCAGGAAGAGGAUGCAUUUGGAACUGAGAGAAGGCUUGACCCGGAUGAGCAUGGACCUAAAGAACAAUGUGCUGAGUUCCCUACGAAUGGCCUGGAAGUCUUUUACCAGAGCUCCAUACCCAGCCCUUCAGGCUACAGAAGCAACUGCUGCAGAUGAAACUGAGCCUGAACCUGAAGCAAUUCCAGAGAAGCCCAGUGAUGUUCAAGCAGGAGACUUGCCUGUGGCAGACAAAGAAGAAGCCGCUUCUAUCAAUGUUGGAAUGCUGAAUGGGGGCCAACGCAUUGACUAUGUAUUACAGGAGAAACCUAUUGAAAGCUUUAAUGAAUAUUUAUUUGCACUGCAAAGCCAUCUCUGCUAUUGGGAAUCUGAGGAUACAGUUUUAUUGGUCCUUAAAGAAAUCUACCAAACCCAGGGAAUCUUCUUGGAUCAGCCUACCCAGUGAAAAACACCACCUCUACCUUAUCUGUGGCUGCUUAAUAUGAACACUGAGGACUGCUUCUUAAAAAACUCACCUUUUCCAUUGCCACUGCCACCUUCUUGAACAUGGCCUGCCCCCUGUCCCCUGCCCCCGCCUGCCAUGGGGAGGGAAAAUCAACUUCCUCUGGAAGUUUUGUGUAUACUUUUAUCACUGGUUUCAUAUGAAAAUUAUUAUCCUUUCAUCAUAGCCAGUGGUAAGGGCAUCUUCAGUUCUCAGUAUCUUCUCUCUGUUGAUGACAGAUGUAGGCUGCAAAAUCGACUUGUCCAUAUUGGGUUUGAGUAAAUAGAGAACUUCCUCUUGAACUGUUUGGAAAAAUCCCUUGUUGUUUGUGACUUCAACCUACCAGCUGGCAGGAUGAGUGUAGAUACUGAGAGAUAGCAUCCACUUCUGGGUAGUGGUGAGAUAACCCGUAUUCAUUUCAAUGUAUAUGCACCCUGAGUCUGAGUGGCAUUGUCAUGGAACUCCACGAAGGAAAGGGUCUUCUGAACUAGGGUUAAAUCAGGUACUUAUGUCCAAAGAUGUCGGAUGACUUAGAACAGUAAUUUCAGACUCAAAUAGAAAAGGAUCCCUGCCACCCAUAUUGAUGUAGAAAACCACAAAUUAACAUUCUGUUGUAUUUUUAUUUAUUCUGUUGAAUGUUUCCCAAUUACAUGCUAAUCUGAUUCAGGCCUCACUUUGGUUUUCUGCAGGCCUGUUUGAUACCUCUGUCUUAGAAACUUCCUUUCCAUAUUAUACCUCAUGCUGGGAAGCUCAGGACACAGUUUGAUGGUCAUUUAAUGUAAUAUCCCUAAUAAUACUAGCUGAUGUAAUAUAGAGGGUGAGGUUAAAAAAGCCUAAAUAACUUCUUUGGGAAUGCACAAACACAGUGCAGUUGAUGAGCUCUGUUAGGCUGCAUGUACUAAAAAUAAAACAGGAAGUCUGCUAACUGAACCAUUUCAGCGAAACAGAACCUUUAUAAAACCCACUUGGGUGAGGGUGGUGCUUGCCCUCUACAAGCAUGGUUAGGAUGCCGUUUGUAAACUGCCACUUUGUUCUAUCUCCACUCCCCCGAGUGCUUAUUAGAAGAGCUCUUGGCUGGGUACGUUGGCUGAGCCCGUGCUUUGGGGCAGCAUUCCUGUAACUCAUCCUGGAUGGUAGGGUCUCCAGGGGCCAAAAUGAUAGCCAUGGCACUAUAUACACACUGCCAGCUGAGCCUGGAAUGGUCUGACAUUUGUGUAAAGGCAGGAGAAUUUAUAUGAGAGGACCAAUGCCAGUAAGUCACUUUUUUUUUUUUUAAAGGUACCUGCACAGUUUGGGAAUGCCUUUCCCUUCGUGGCUUAGGUAUUACCACCCUUUGUGGGAGUAAAACUGUUGCAAGUUUCACCACAGUCUUUACUCGUUUGAAGAAUGUCACACUCCAUUUCUCAAGCACUAGAAGCAGAAAGGCUUCAUUUUAAAAUAAAUUUAUCAUAUGACUGUACUAAGGCUAGAACCAUCUUGCAGUAUAUCUUCAGGGUAGCAGUGGCCUUUACAGAGAAAUGCUAGGAGGUGGGAAAGCUCCCUGGCAAAAGGCCAUUCUGUGCUCAUCUCACUGACUGAAUGAAGAGAGCAAGACAGAACCUGGCCUUUUCUUGUACCCCUGAUUGCAAGCAAAUACUGACCAAGGAACUUAGAAACCUGUUACAUAGGAUGUUGUCUACUAUGUUUCUUACGUAAAAUGUGAUGAGUUUAAACUAAAUGUUGACAAAGGCCCCAGGAGGCAUCUGAGCUGUGCAUUGUACAGCUGCUGCCUCUGGUGUGAGCUGUGCUCUGGGUACAGAGAAGCAAGUCACAGUUGAAGAACCAAAGGACAAGCAAUGUUGAUCCCUUCUAACCAAAGAUGGAAAAGGUAUAAAUAGGGUAGCUGAGAUAUAACCACUGCAUACUUAAAGUGGGGAGUAUUAGUGAGGAGGAAUGGUUUGUAAAAGAGCUGUCCUUUGUCCCACCCACCUGUGAUGUAUCAUGGUAUGUAUGGUGUGUAUCUGUUGGAUGUCAUUAGCCUUUGACUUAACUUUCAUUUGUAUAUUAUUUGCACUACUUAAAAUUCAUCCUGUGCAAUCUCUUGACCAAGCCUGAAAAGCUUAUUUAGUUUAAUGUUCUAAAAUCCUCCCCAGUGCAGUGACAUUUUGCACAUAUUCCUGGCAAUAGAAUAAGCACUGCCUAUUUUAGCAAAAGCAACUGUUUGCAGCAUGGAAUAACAGUCCUGAUUGGCUUUUCAAUUUGGGGCACUUUUGAAAUGUUUGUUUUUUAUAAUGUGAACCUAUCUAUAAUUCUUCAUUGAAUUCUGAAAUAAAACCUUACUCACAGACCUAGCUGCUUAUUUUACUGGGUUUAAUCUGCUUUUCAAUAAAGAAAGCUACAUCCUC